CCCCGUUUCAUGACAUUCCACUGUUUGCUGGAUCUAAAGAGGAUAAAGAGAUUCCUGCAAAGAGGUCAAAGACUACUGGAACUGAGGAAUUAGGAAAUGCACUUUUGACUUCUGUGAGCAAAUGGAUUCCUCCCUCUGCCCCCCUUCAAGGAGACUCCUUCUGAAGAAACUGUCAGCCAGCAGAGUUGGCAUGAGGCUAGCCUGUAGGAACUACUCCAUCUGGCCUGUUGUACAGUCUGCUGUCAUGAAGUGGAGUCCCUUCUACAUUAGGCGCUUGCAGAGUUGGAUUAAAUCUAGACAGCAGUAAGCAGCAUCUCAUAAGCAGACCAGUUCACUGCUGUCAUACUAAGGCUGUUAAAUGGUUUGUUUGGGAGGAGAAGAGCAUAGAACCAUUGGAAUUACUUUAAUCAGGCUGUGGCAUUGACCCCGGUCCUGUUUAAUAUGAUUGUAGAAGUGCCUCGUUGGACAAAUGCAAAAAUGGAGAUUGCCACUGAGGAGCCGUUGAAUCCCAUUAAACAAGAUAUAAAGAAAGGCAAGCUUCGAUAUGUGGCAAAUAUCUUUCCUCACAAGGGUUAUAUAUGGAAUUAUGGUGCCUUCCCACAGACCUGGGAAGAUCCAAACCAUACAGAUAACAUUACAGGAUGUUGUGGGGAUAAUGAUCCUAUUGAUGUUUGUGAAAUAGGUUCAAAGAUUCGUUCUUCUGGUGAGAUUGUUCAGGUGAAGGUCUUGGGUGUUUUAGCUCUAGUUGAUGAAGGAGAGACAGAUUGGAAGAUAAUUGCUAUCGGUGUGGAUGACCCAGAAGCUCAGAAAAUCCAUGAUAUUGAUGAUGUCAAGAGGCACAAACCAGGUUACCUUGAGGCUACGGUUGACUGGUUCCGAUUCUAUAAAGUCCCUGAUGGUAAACCGGAAAAUCAGUUCGCUUUUAAUGGAGAAUUUAAAGACAAGGAUUUUGCUGUUGAAAUUAUUAAAUCCACCCAUGAAUACUGGAAAGCUUUGCUUCAUAAAAAGGCUGAUGGAGGCACUAUUAAGUGCACAAAUGUUCUGGUGAGUGGCAGCCCAUUUUGUUGCAGUGAGGAGGAUGCCCGAUUGAUUGUGCAGUCGGCACCAGUGCCUGUGAAUGGAGAUUCUGUUUCCCCAGAAGGGUGGAGCAGAGGGAAGAGGAGGACUUGCUUGUUUGUUUCUGAAUCUCAGAAGUCCAGAAUUGCUCUUAUCCACUCCUGAAGUGUAGUAUCAAAUGAGAUGGGAGAUAAGGUGUUUUCAACCUUGUUCUCCAGAUUUUGGGAUAAUCCAGCCAUCAGGUGCAUAGAAGACUCUGUUAAUUUGUAUCUUAGGGCUUGUCUGGCCACCCUUACUGUAAUCUGUUUCAAGGAGACAAUAAUCUUUAUGUAAUAGGCUUAGCAGUUUACCAUGUUCUUCAAUAUGCAGCUGUGCAUUGUUUCCUGAGUUGUAUUCACUGUUCUGCCCAGUUGUCUUUGCAUGCUUCAUAGAGUUAUGAGCAGAGCAUACUUGUUUUAAAAAAACAAAUACAACUUCACUCCAAAGAGUAAUUCAACUAGGAAGGGCUAAUGCUGUAACAAUUGAAGUAAGGAUGCAUGUGUGCUCUGUACUACAUCCUGUUUUGAUAACUUGUGUGUUCCAUCACACAGGAAGGACUUUCCGUAUGGAAAGCUUCCAUUUUUAGAAUUGUGUAUGCCUGAUGGCUUUUCAUAGUUCCUCAUUCAGUGAGACAAGAUUAAUAAAAUGUAUAGAACUGAGCUUUGUGCUUUCAUGGUAAAAAUAUCUGCCGUUUUUUCUACUGCAGGAUUAUAUCUGGCCUGUUUGUACCCAUGGUGUUCAUUAAAAACAAAACCAAAAAAAGCCAGCUGUUAAGUAGAAAGAGAGGAAAUGAUAACAUAGACAGACAGCUUUAUCCAGCUUGUUACUGAGACCAAAGGUGAGCAUUGUCUGCUUUGUAUGAUGACUGAAACAAGGUUAAUAUCGCUGACACACAAUGGAGAUGGAAGAUAAAGAACUGAAAAAGUUAGGCUGUGGCUUGCCAUAGAGGACUAACUUUUCUUUACAAAGAAUAAGUUAUUAGUAAGAAAGCUUAUGCCUUUGGGAAUGUUUCUUUGAUUUUAGGAGGUGAUUUUCCUGGUCUAGAGACUUUCCUGUAGAAUACUGUGUAGUGUGUAAGCACCAGUCACUUUGGACAUCUCAGUUUGGGCCUCAGCACUUAGGAGUAGAGAGAGUUCUCCCAUCUGCAUAGAGUUUUGCAUUGUUUUAUACACAGAGUUUAGGUGUGGUAUGAAAAAUGCAACGUAAACCUCAGAUAUUAAGGACUAAUUUUUUUUUAAGUCAAGAGAUACGUUACAUCCAACAUACAUUUACACUACUGAUUUCCCAUACUUUAUUUUAUACUUUAGAAUUCUAAGUAUGUGCAGCAUUGUACCUACAGAUAU